CACUGUAUAUACCAGUGUAAUAUAACUAGCAUAGAACACAGAACAUUACCAACACUGCAUAACAUUUUAAUAAUAGAUCAUUUAUGUGAAGCCAGGUAUAUUGUUCUUUUGAAAUUGAUCAGGAGAAAAAAAUAAAUGAGUUACUCUGGUUGCAGUUUUCUCAUCUCUCCCAACUAGAUGAUGAUAUAUUAGGGAGGGGGAUAUAUUAAGCUAACAAGUAGUAAAGUACAGUUGUAAUAUCCAAAGCAUUUAAAGAUUUAUUUAUUUGAGUGAGAGAGAGUACGAGCUCGUGAGCUGGGAGAGGGGCACAGGGAGAGAAUAUUCAAGCAGACUCCUUGCUGAACCAGGAGACUCACACAGGGCUUGACCCCACGACCCAUGAGAUCAUGACCUGAGCCAAAACCAAGAGUCGGACGUUUAACUGACUGAGCCACCCAGGUGCCCCAUAGCCAAAGCAGUUAGAAUAGCUAAUGAUUGGAAACAGUCUAUGUGUCUAAAAUAGGAUGGAUAAACAAACAUGUAGUAUAUUCCUAUAAUGAAGUACUACUCAACAAUAAAAAGGAACAAACUGCUGAUACACACUACAUUGGACAUGAAUCUCAAAAACUUUAUGCUGAAUGAAAAGAGUACAUAGAAAUUCCAUUUAUGUAAAGUUCUAGAACAGGGAAAACUUAUCUGUGAUGGGAAAAAUCUGAGCAGUGGUUCCCUGUGAGAGAAGGGGCCAAGGAUUAACUGGGAAGGGGGCACUUCUUGGGAUGUUAGUUUUAUUCUGUAUCUUCACAGGCGUUUUCACAGGUUAUGUAUUUCUUUUUUACAGUAUGUACUUCUCAAAAGUCAUAGAAUGGUAAACAUAAGACUUGUGUAUUUUCUUUUAUGUAAAUUUUACCUCAAAAGAAAAAACCUGAACAAAUACUGGGUUCUAAUUAAUGCAAUGCAUGUGGAAGUAUAUAGGAGAAAGUGUACAGAUGUCUGUAACUGAUUUUAAAAUGCAUAAAAAAUAAGAUGAAUAUAGGUAUGGCUACAUAAGGGAAGGGAUAGUUAAGUUAUAAAGCAAAUAAAAUGUUAACAGUAAAAUAUAGAUGGUUAGUAUGUGAGUGUUCACUGCAAAUUUCUUUUAAUUUUUGUGUAUGUUUAAUGUUUUUCAUUAUAAAAUGUUGGAGGAAAAACCCAGGCAAUCAAGAAAGAAUGUAAUAAUCAUGAAAAUAGGACUUGUAUCAUGGAUAGCUUGUCACAUUUGCUGGAAACCAUGUCUCACUAUACAGAUGAACCCAGAUUUACCAUAGAGCAGAUAGAUCUCCUUCAGCGCCUUCGGCGUACUGGAAUGACUAAACAUGAAAUUCUCCACGCCUUGGAAACUUUGGACCGUCUUGAUCAAGAGCAUAGUGACAAGUUUGGAAGAAGGUCCAGCUAUGGAGGAAGUUCUUAUGGAAAUAGUACCAACAAUGUUCCAGCAUCUUCCUCUACAGCUACAGCUUCCACACAGACCCAGCAUUCUGGAAUGUCCCCAUCUCCUAGCAACAGUUAUGAUACCUCCCCACAGCCUUGCACUACCAAUCAAAAUGGGAGGGAGAAUAAUGAGCGAUUAUCCACGUCCAAUGGAAAGAUGUCACCCACUCGCUACCAUGCAAACAGCAUGGGUCAGAGGUCUUACAGUUUUGAAGCCUCAGAAGAGGACCUAGAUGUAGAUGAUAAAGUGGAGGAAUUAAUGAGGAGGGACAGCAGUGUGAUAAAAGAGGAAAUCAAAGCCUUUCUUGCCAAUCGGAGGAUUUCCCAAGCAGUUGUUGCACAGGUAACAGGUAUCAGUCAGAGCCGGAUCUCUCACUGGCUGUUGCAGCAGGGAUCAGACCUGAGUGAACAGAAGAAAAGAGCAUUUUACCGAUGGUAUCAACUUGAGAAGACAAACCCUGGGGCUACACUAAGUAUGAGACCAGCCCCCAUUCCAAUAGAGGACCCAGAGUGGAGACAAACACCUCCCCCGGUCUCUGCCACAUCUGGCACCUUCCGACUACGGCGAGGGAGUCGAUUUACCUGGAGAAAGGAGUGCCUGGCUGUCAUGGAAAGUUACUUCAAUGAGAAUCAAUACCCAGAUGAAGCUAAGAGAGAAGAAAUUGCCAAUGCUUGCAAUGCAGUUAUACAGAAGCCAGGCAAAAAACUGUCUGAUCUGGAACGAGUUACCUCCCUGAAAGUAUAUAAUUGGUUUGCUAACAGACGGAAGGAGAUCAAGAGGAGAGCCAAUAUUGAAGCAGCAAUCCUGGAGAGUCAUGGGAUAGAUGUACAGAGUCCAGGAGGCCAUUCCAACAGUGAUGAUGUUGACGGAAAUGACUACUCAGAGCAGGAUACUUGGCAAGUACGCAAUGGGGAGGAGGAGGAGGGAAGAAGUUCAGAGGGAGGCAGAGAAGCAGAGAAGGAUGACAGCACUAGCCAUAGUGACCACCAAGACCCCAUCUCAUUAGCUGUGGAAAUGGCAGCAGUCAACCACACUAUCUUGGCAUUGGCCCGACAAGGAGCCAACGAAAUCAAGACAGAGGCCCUGGAUGACGACUGAUCAGGGAGGGUUGAACAGGAGAAGUUAACUUAGUUUAGACGUAGCACCUUAGCAGACUUUCCUCGGUCCUUAACAUGUGUUCUUACAGUAUAACUUGCAGUUUCUUGUAUGUCAGUUAGCCGUUAGGGUCUUGUUCUGUGAAGAUGGCAUGGUGCCCUCAGCCUUUGCAUAUACUCUCUCAGUAUUAAUUCCCAGUAAAUAAUAACCAACCAACCAACCAAACUCCCUCUCCCAGCCCCCGAGGCUAGAAAAUCUUGCUGCUCUGUCUUAGCAUUCCACGAAAGUGCUUCCAGGUAUUUAGAUAGCCCUCAGUUCUCCAAUAUUAGGCUACAUAUAAAACCUUGGGUACCUUUAGAUUCCUGUAACACUAGUCUGUACCCUUUUCCUUCCCCAAGACUGAUAGGAUGCAAGCUGAGGUAGUGUGGCCCAGGAUUGACAGACACCAUUUGGGGAGUAUCCGCAGAGUAAAAGGAACACUAGAAUUCCCACUCAGCGUGGGAAUCAUUGAUUUCCAGCUGCAAUAAGCCGUGCCUCAUAAUAGUCACACUGUGGCUAGAUUAUACUUCUUUGGGUGCUGUGCUAAGAAUGUGCAUGGAAAAACUUGAUCUCAGAUUUUGGUUGAUGUUAACAUGCCUGACACAGACAUCCUUUCCUCUCACAAGCUGUGUGACUUAGUAGAUAAAAUACUGCCUUCUGCCUUUGGGACCAUGAUUCAAACAAACAAAAAGACAAAAAACAAAAGUCAUUAAAAAAAAAACAAAAAACAACCCAGCUUGAGAGCAUUGGAAAAAAACAUGAGCUGAAUGUCUAAUGGAUGUUAAGUCCAGUUCUCAGAACCACUAUACGUUGCGUGGCACAGGUAUGUGCCUGCCCGGAAAAGUGCUGGAGGCAUCGUGGAAGCUGCUCUGCCUCCUGUUGGUGUCCCUUUUCCCUGCUGCCAAAAAGUCAAGGAUGGAGCUAAGGUCACAAAUGAGUGAAUGAACUUCCAGGCUUUGUAUCCAUUAACUGAAGCCCCCUCAAUAUGAGAGGUUGAUAGAGGACUUUAGAGUGGGAUUAUGCUGGCUGACUAUCAGAAAUGCAAAUACUUUCCUAAAUAGGAGCAGAAAAAAGCAGGGGACAGUUGCCACUUAUGUGGCGGGUCUUCGAGAUACAACGUGAUGUGACUGCUUUGGUGUUCUCUUUACUCUGUCCUUGUAGAGGUGUGAAAAGCUAUAUUGCUACAGGCAAUUUAUUUAAUAAUUGGAAGCCAUAUUGAUAAUGGAUGUGGUAAUAUUUGUAAAGUUUAAUCUACUUUAAGCGGCAGUAACUAAUGGAAUUUUUUUCCUUGAUCACAUAUGUAGCACUUUUGUUACUUUUUAAAGAUAUUUAUAUUUGAUAAAUCUUUUUUUCAUUUUGAGAACUCAAAAUACCAAACAGUGAACUUGCGUUAUAAAGUCACCCUGUGAUCACCUUGUCAUCUAGUAGCAAAAUGAUGAACUAUUCAUGCAUCAAAGAAAAUUACAUCUGCUGGCCUUGUAUGAAAAUGAUCUCUUGGCAUCCCGAUUAAAUGACACACUGUCACUGUGGGGAAGAGGAAACCGCCUUCGAUGUAGCAGCGUAGGGUGCGUCUGAAGGAGGCAUGACUGCUGUAUAUUUUCUGCCUCAUUCCAUCUCCUUUCUACGCGUGGUGGAGCCUUGUUUAAAGGGGGAUGUGGGGCUGCCUAUUAAACAGGGCUUCUGUCUUGUCCAUUACCUGAGAACGAUUUCUAAGGUGGAAGGAAGGUGCCGUUUCCUUACCUCUUCACCCCUCCUCCCCCACCAAAUGUAUUCAGCCUAAAACCAUUGAGAGAAAGACUGACCUUCUUUGUUUUUCCCUUCCUUGUUAGGGAGAUAUUAAAUAUCCACCAGUUUUUAGCUGAUCUGACUCCACUUAAGGCACAUGCUGACGAGGUCUUCUCCAUAUCCGUUCAUCCUGCUUAGGCCAGUGUGCGGAAGCCUUUGAGAGGGCACGAAGAUGCCACCUUAUAUGGGUCUGUGAUUUUAAAGAGCCGUGGGCAGGGACUGGGCCUGCUCUUGUUUGUGGAUUUCAGGCAGAUAAUGUAUAUACUUCUAGCUUCCAAGAACUGAAGUAAAAUGGGGUAGUCUUUUCUGUUUUACUGUAUUACUUGAACCAACAAAUUCAAGAGUAGCAUUUGUUAUUCUCAGGAAUGAUCCCCCUGCUUAUUUUCUUUCUUGGUGUGUUUGACUUUUUAUUUCAGUUAGGAGAUUAUGUUAUCUCUCUUUCCUUUUAUAUUACGUAGAAGAAAUAUAUUUUAUCUUUCCAUUUCGGUGGAAUUUUGUCUGCUUAAUCUCAGUUGACUCAGAAAGAAAAGAAGAGAGAAAACUAUAGUGUCUGACAAGCCACAUCCAUGAUUUAUUGUAAGGAGAUUAUUAUAAUUGAUAGCUUCUUUAUGAUGGGAUUGCUAGUAUCAUUGGUUCUUGCUGGUCUUUUUAAAGAAACAGACUCAAACUGUUAAGACAGCUGCAGUUUCUAAAGAAAUACACUGAUUGCCAGAGAAGAGCUAAAAGGUUUCAUUGUUUUAAGGCCUUAAGAAAGGAAAAAGCUUCAGAGAAUAAAGGAGAGUCAUAUCUAUGAAAGCAGCCCUGGGCCCUGUCUGGCAACCUGGAAAAAGUGAGAGAACAUGUCUACCAGUGCAGGAUAGCCUAGACUGGGUUCAGUGGGAACAGGAGGAAGGAAUCUUUCAUCCAGAAUUCUUCUUUUAAUUGCAGAAGACUGCUGGCCUGCUCCUAAGACGACCUGCUGCCUUACAUACAACUUUUGCUUUUUCACUAAGAGCAAAAAUGUGGUUCUUUGGGGCCUAGAUUUAAAUCUACCAUUGUUGGUUUUUUAUUUUGGAGUUUGUUUGGUUUUUGUUUUUUUGUCACCAGGUUGAAUUCUGUCUUGUCCAGGCUACCUUAGUUCUUAUAAUGGCAUAUGGAGUUGCCACUGUCUAAUUUGUGAUAUCUUUGGAUAGUGAAUUUGUUUUCUUAAGCUUUUUCAGGUUUGGUAGUAUUUAAACAGAAACCCUAAACUGCUCUCCUACUGAAGGGAAAAGAGCCAGGCUCUAAAAAAAAUCACGUUCUGUGCUUUUUGGUUGUGAUGUCCCUCCUUUCUUACUCCAUACUGUACUUCCCUCAGGCCCCAGAAGUCUGUUUCAGGACUGCUUGUCCCUAGUGAGGAAGACUGAGGGUGGGGAUGUGGAACCUUGUCAGCAGUUCUUAUAACUUUUCUGUUAUUUCUUUUUCUUUUUUAAAGACACUUUGAUUGAAUUACUGUAGUCAAAUGGGUGAACUUCCUGCUCCUCUUACAACACAGCCUUACAAAGGGACCUUCGAAAGAUGGACCAUCCUAGUGGGAUUUCUGCCUUGCUGUUGAUAACCCUAAUGUAGGAUGAAGGGCAGGGAAGGCAGUACAGUAUACUCUUAGCUGAGACCUUCUGGUGCCAGUCAGUACCAACCAGACAUUUUGGGUUAUUUCAGGUUUAUUUCAGCAAAGUGUGUAAUUUUGAGUACCCCUUAGGGCGAUUUUCUUCACAGUCUCAAUCCUUUAAAGUGGUUGAUAAGUGUGGUCACCUUCCACCUACCUAGGGAAUCUGUCCAGUUCCCGCACACUGUCUUUGGGGGGGACAGCCCCGCCCCCCACAUUCUCCUGUUAUUCCUUCACAGGAAGAAAGUUCCUGGAACAGGAAGACCCCUUUAAGAUACCUUCGGCUCUAGCUCAGUAGAGGUGACCACCUAAAAAGAUGUGAAUGAGGAAGCAGCUCAUCACUCCUGAAGUGCUCAAAUCCAAUGCCCCAGUCCCUGGUAGAUUUAGGAUGGCAGGCAGUCUGGUGACCAGCACUACUGCUGGGGCCAGAUAUCCACAGAGAUUUUUUACCUCAAGGGGACAACUCAUGAGGAGCUCAUUCAUACACUUGUUUCAGUUCUCCCUGUUUGGCCUUUGUCUUUACAAACUUCCCUCCUGGAUUCCAACCAUCAGGCACCAGAUGUAAAUAGACUCAUUUCAUCAGGAAUCUCCAGCCACUUCAUCUCCCUCUGUGAACAGCUCCUCUUCCAUUUGCCUCUGGUCUCCAGUACUAAGGCCUCAUCUUGAGCUGACAUCUUUGCUGGGAUUUAUCUUCCACGGUAGGCAGAGUAGGUGGGUGUGGGCCAUCUCUUCACACAAGCACUCCUUCCUGUCUUGCAGGCCAUCUUUUUGACCAGCUACAUAAUUCCACUGACCAGCUGCAUUAUUUCUGCCCAUAACAGUGGAAAUAAUCCCUUCUUCAUACACGUCCUCCCACCCCUGUCCUAAAAAUGUGAACUUCCAAGUCCUUACUCUCUUGGUCUUAAGAAGGGUUUGGGUAGAAGCAGUCUUCCCAUUUAACUUGUGGCUCUGCCUUUUAAAAUUGCUUUUUGUCUUUUCUUGUACAGAGAACAACCAGAGUAUUUUAUCCCCAAUGAGUCUCAACAGAUUCUUAGGCAAUAAUUUUUCUUGUUAUUGAUGAUCUUGUGCUCAGUAGCACUCUACACUGAAUAGUCCUGACCCUUCACAUUGUGCGUUGGUUUUCUGUGUUAAUCUCUGUCUGUGUUUAAUUCUUCGGUCAGAGUGGUGAUGGAUUUUGUCAUUUUUGUUGUUGUGAUUAUUAGUAAUGUUUUACUACUGUAUUCAUUGGGGCUUUGAGACCAGCCAAAUCCAUUUAUAGCUUUACUGAGCCAGAUUUGUUUGUCAAGAUUUCCCAAGUGAAAGUUGGGCGUACUGACCAGCUCUGCUGGUGGCGUCUGUGUGGGGCACAGGGGUGGGGUGGGGGAUGCACUGGGGCAGGGGUGGGAAUUACACAUUUGAAACAUUCCUUUUUGUGUGCUAAGUAGCAAGGAUGUUUACUCAGGAUUCUGGGAUCAGUUGUCAGCCAUACUGCAUUUGGCUAACUGAGCUGCAUGCCCUGAAAACCCUCUUCCUGUUUCUUAAUUUCCGGAAUGUCUAAUUUACAUUACUUCGUGACACCUAAGUUUUCCAGUUUGAAGGUAUUGCACCAUAAUGAGAACACGAGGUUUUCCCAGGGAGGCAACUAUGACUGGCCAGGUAAUCCUAUAAGGAUUUCCCUGACCGUAGCCUGUUGUCAAGGCAGAGGCCUUCUUUUCCAGCUCCCCCGUCUCCUUCAUUAUAUGCUCUUCUUUUCAAAAGAGGACUAUCACUUACGAGGAAAGAUUUCUUUACCACUCUCAGGAGAACUACCCUACUGAGGUGGUGGGAAAGGCUUCUUAAAUACAUCAAGCCUAUAAGUCCCUUUUCUGAUUACAGAAAUUCCUAUCACAAACAGGUUAUGUUCAGAAAAGCUGUUCUUAAUUCUCUUUACUUAUAAGUUAAAAGUGAUAAGCUACUGCUUUUGCCAACUUAAAGGAUGGUUGACUCGCUUACUCUGAAGUGCAACUUUGUUCCUACCCAUGGACGUUCAAAAGCUGGAAGUUCAUAAACUGUGAGGUUUCUGCAUCAGCUUCAUUAUUCUUUCUUGGUGGAUAUGAGAAGCAGCAGCGAAGAGAAAGCUAACGAUCUGAGAAAUCCCAUUUCCUGUAACAUUAGUUUUCCUUUGUAAUUAAGAGGGGAGUAGAUAUGGUGGAGAAGAGAGGGAAACUCUGGCUGCACCAAAAGAUCUUACACCAUGUUCUUACCAUCACCCAAGGACCUUGAGGAUGUAAUAGAUGACAUGGGUAAGAAAUAUGCAGAUCACUGGACUUCUUCUUUAGCAUGCUUCACAUGACACUUGGGGCCAAGCAGUGAGCAGAGCUAAAUCAAGUCAGUUCCAUUCAGGUGAAGUCUAACUAGCAUUUUACACCACUGACUACUAACCACCCACAUUCCACGCCCGUUAGCUCAUUAGCCAGCGCGGCGCCCCAACAGCAAACAAGGAUGCACUGCAGGAGGCUUCGCCUUGCUCUCCUGACGUCCUUUUUCUUGGCAAGUUUGGGGACUGAUGUGGACAGCAGUGCUGUGCUCUCCCAUGGGUGUCUGAGCCCCAUGGUGCAGUGGCGUGGGGCAGCUGGCGAGAGUGUGUGGUCCACGAGGGCUGCCCGACGCCGACCCGAGGAGGGCGUGUGCUCGCAGCUCGGCUCCCAGUUCAGACAUCUCCGGGAGCCGCUCCCUUAACUCCAUUUGCAUUUUCUCUUUUAAUGAAAGUGGCUCUGUACAUCCGUAAUUAACUCUCAAAUUCACAUUGGUGUGCUGUGAUCAAAUGAAGGUUUGCCUGAAUCCUUUCAAAUUGUAACCAUGGUAAUUGAGGGGGGUGGCACCGAAUGAAUAUAUAAAAAUAUAAUGACAAUUGUUCUGAAUGACUGAGUGUCCUCCUGACAUGUAAUUAGCUGUUUUAGCAAGAUGUAGAUUGGCAUGGUCAUAAUUAAAAGGAUUUCUGUCCUUUAUGUGAUUGGAAAUGGCAGAGCUCCCAUUCCCUGUUCCCUUUUAGCACUAAUGCUCCCAAGAACAUUUGGAACAGCAACUCAGUAAACUAAAAUAAUGACAUGGUGUUCAUGUCCUCUCCUCAGUGAAAGAGAAGGAUUUGGAGUUAUUUCAGUUUCAAAAUGGAAGCCUUUGCUACCCUCUCUCACAUCCAGUUUCAACCUGCUCCACCUUUGGCCGGAAGUACGGUCAGAAUCCCAACAUGAGUCAACCCCUGAAAGGCCUCCACCACUCUGCCUGACUUGCUAGCCGGCUACCAUACUGUGCACCUAACUUGAGGACAUUGACUGCUUAAGAAGCUCCCCGGGGUUUUAAUUCUUACCCGGCUUACUUGCUAUUUCCAUUGUCCUCACCAUCAGAAAGUAUCGAGUGGGAAUGUACACAUCUUCCUCAUUGGAUCAUAUGAUGUUCGGCUGACAUGACACAAACACAUAUGGGCUGUGAACAGUUCUGGGGCAUAACUGGAGUGCUGAUCCUCACAGUGUCCUGAGGUUACUGGAUGCACCCCACUGGUGCCCCCACACCGCUCUUCCACGGCAACCACCAACUUCCUUGUAUCGGCAGCCUUUUCUUAGCCAGGGUUUUCUCCGUUGUUCUGCUGAGUCGGUGGGAUUGUCGCCCUAGCCCUUCCAAGUCCAUGUUCUCUUUCUCUCCCUUCCACUAUUCCUCCUUUUUCUUCAUCCACCUUGUCCCACCCACUGAGCAUCGGGUGGUCUGGACGCCUUACGCAGUCUCCUGCCCAGGAUGUCUGCUCUUCUCCCCGCCGAGGCCUCCCACUGGACUGGACCUGCUGCGUCUUGAUCUAGCCUUUCUCUAGAACAUGCUUUUGGUUUUUUCCCAUCACUUGCAGGAGUCUUCAUUCAGUUAUAUCAAGAGUCAGUCUACGCAAAUAGCAGCACCCAGCAUAGUGCCAAGUGGCCCCUCCAGCUGCUUCAUUCCCUUGUGGCUCCCAGCUGUGCUCAUGAGCCUGGCCCAUGAGUCCUUUCUUCCUUCAGUGCUGACGCCCCAGGAUUGGUUAGUAACCACUGAGAGAAUGCAGCUCUUGCUUUUGUUCAUAUUUUGCUGCUCACCCUCCUGCAGACCUUUACCCCUGUCCAUGCAUCAGAGGGGGCCCUAACCAAAUGCUAAACUUCAGUCUGAUGAAAAUGCUGACAUAGGCUGCAUCUCUAUAACUGUUCUCUCCCCCUGUACACACACACACACACACACACACACACCCCUACCUAGCUACCUACACACACACACACACACACACAGAAUUUGGGAAAGGGUUCUGCCUUGGGUCCUUUAUUCUGGUUCCCCUCAAAAAUACCUCCAAAUAUAUAGCAGUUGGGCUAAAUCAGGAAAAAUGCCAGUAAAAAUUCUUACUCAGUGCUUCUCUUUCUAUAUGAUCUAAAAGGGACUUUCAGCCCCACCCCCAGCAAGCCUGCUUUCACGACACAUGUGCUGUCCUUGAGACUUUUCUGUGGGAUCCUGUCAGUCUUCUGACAGUUGGAAUGAUCGUGGAUUUAUGACCGCAAAGAGCAGAAUAUCCCAUCCCUUAUUUUCCCAGCUGCUGGAAGAUAACUAUCUUCAUUACAGUUGAGAAUCUGUCUUAAGAUUUGCAAUUCUGAGAACUGACUAGGUGAGUAUAAUUCUGUGAUUUGUGAGACGUGCAUUAAAACGGCCAGCAGAACAUUCUGAUUAUCUGCUUACAUUCAAAGAAAAUAGAAUUAUCACUGCAGUUAAAACCUUCUAACACAAUCUACUAUUUUAGGGAUCAAAGUAUUAGAUGUGCUGCUUAAGGAAUGGUGCUACUGAAAAAGAACUGGAGUUGGCAAGACAUCUCCCUCCCCAGGUGUUUCCAGAGGCCACUUCAGUGAUUCAAAACACCCUACACCAUAAAUGCCGGUACCACCAGCAGCCCCCACUAAAAAGAAAAAACCAAAAAAGAAAGCCAAGUCACCAAAAUCCAUAAAAACAUAGGUAGUACUUACCAAUGAAAUACAUAUUUUUUGGAAGAAAACGCCAGAAGUUGCUCUUACAAGAAAACGGAGUAAAGACGUCAUUCUAAAUCAUGCAGCAAGAGACAUUCAGACCUCCUGAAGCAUUCAAAGCUCAUGAUAAUAGCCGCUGACAUUUACUGAGCAUGUACUGUGUGCCAGGCACUGUGCUGAGUGUUCUGCCUCAUUUAUUCUUGAAGAUUCAUGGACUGCGCACCUUAAUGGAGAAGAGUGAAAUCUCCGGUUGCUUCUUUCAUCUUAGUAGGAUGUUCAUUGGAGAAUGGACCACAGAGUCUGCCUGGCAUUGCUCUGAAUGAAACCACUGCAUUUAACCUGUUUCGUUUUCCCACACGACCAUGCUGGAGAAUUCCCAAUGCUAUCAUCUCUCUGGGCCCUUCAUUCCCUCUGACACUGAACUAGUAGUGUUACCGUGAUGCUCUAGACACGAGAGCCUCCCUUCCCCUUGGUCUUUCUCCUUGCUUAGUGAUGGUGAUAGAAACGUAGCGUGACCUCAGGGAGGCUCCGCAGCUGUGAUGUGAAACCUCUUGUUUGAAGCAUCCUGUCUCCAGAAGGCAAAUGUGAGUUCCUGCCUCUUUGGGGGAAGAAACAGUAGGGCUGUCUCAUCUGUUUUGAGAAGUAGAAUUUACUAGCACUUCCAGUUAGUUGAGGCAGAGAAUGUUAAAAAUGCCACACACUUCCUCUUUUCUCUCUAUUUUAGCUCUUCGAGCAUCUUCAUAGUGCCUGUUACUGUUAGGCAUCCUGCUUCUGCACAGAAGUGUUUAGCUAAGCCAUUCCAGCUCAUUCUGCUGUCACGUCCGUCACAGUCAUGAGAGGCAGUGGGCCUGAGCCAGUAGGAGGUUCUGGGACUCUGGUAUUCGUGUCUGCCCUGCAUGGAGACAGGUGCAGAUUUGGGCUCAGCAUAAGAACUUUCUAAUCACAGUCCAGCACAGGGGCGAGCUGCCUCGGGGUUCAGGUGGCAGCUCAGUGACUACUGUCAGGGGCACCAACUCCAAGCUGACCUGAGGACAGGACUGAAAUUCCAUGUUUCUCUCCCCCUCGCUUCUCCAGCUCUUUUCCUCUUGCAAAUAAGUGGUUCUCAGGGGCUGGCUGUCCCUCUCUCUUCUCAUCCACUCUGUCAUGUCCUAGGCAUCCUUGAAGCCCAAGAGAGUGGAAUCCGCCCCGGAGGAAGGCCCCAGUUGGAGUGGCCCCGUGAGCGGAUUCACCAGGUUGACUACUUGGGACUGGUGGCCCCUGUCAUAGGUACCUUGUUUCAUUAUCUGGCUAAUGGGGUUAUUUGAUUAUCUAUUCCUCCCACCAAAAAAAAAGAAAGAAAACCCACCCUAAUGUGAAGGGAACAAGGUAUGUGUGCCUUCCGUUUAGCUGUUGAUCCAGAUCUGGCAUGACUGGUGGCAGUUGGGUGCCCCUGAAAUUUUGGAAUGGAAACAUUAACUCUGUCCUUGGAAAGCGCACGUGACUCUUAACCAACCAGUACGCAUAGCAGAGAUGAGUCACAAGAUUUGUGUUGCCUUUAUAACUUUUCCAGCUUCCCAUCCCUUCCAGGUCACGCUGAAAUUCCAGUCUUGUUUUCUGGCUUCCUUUAAGCCCAGAAACCGCUCCCCUUUUGUUGCUUUACUGAAACUAAGAGCCCAGCAUAAACUUAUGAGGGUCAUUUUUCCACUUCAUCAUUCGUUGAAGCUAUUAAACUGGAAACAAAAUGACAUUAGUUCUGUAUUAAUGUAAACAGCAGCCGCUCUAGCGAUCCUACACUCAACUCUUGUUUGUAUGCCAGAGUCCUAGGCCGGGUAGGCAGUGCAUACAUUAGUAGAGCGGACUGAACGAAGGUGAGAGCUCAGCCGUGGGCUCCUUUCAAGAGCAUUAUUGUUAGUGAUUUGCCUUGAAAACCACAUUUCAAUAUGUUAGAGUCAGUGAGCCCCUUAAUCCUGCAUCUCUGAAAAUGGGCACCACGAAACCAAAACCAAAGUUCUUGUGGGCAGGGGUAGGGGGUAGGGAGCUUCUCCCUUCAAGCAUCGGCAUCUCUGGCAAGGCUUUUCUUUACUGUUCACUGGUUUUGCCAGAACACUCCUUUAGAAAGGGCCUCUUCUUUUCCUAGCAGUUUUUCUCACGCGGACAACAGAAAGCAGGCCCGUGCAGUCCUGUGAGUCUAGAGCAGGCUGUCCCGACUUCCCACACACCUGCUCUCCCCCGUCAGUUCGCCCUGGUCUGCAGAAACAGGAAGGAGAAAAGCCCUUGCUGGGCCCAGCCCUGUUUUCUUCACAUUCACCCAGGCUGCAAGGUGGGACAUUCCCCUGCCAGAAGAUACCAAGAACAUCCUAGUUGCCUCCCCUGGAAGAGCCCACAGCCUUCUCUGAUUCCCCCUGGGCUCCGCUCCCUCCCUUCCACCGCCAUAGUCACUGUUGGGUAUGCAGUACCUUCCAAGGAUACAUUUCUAGUUACGUUUUUUAAGUGCCUAAGCAAGUUACAGACCUCUGGGACCUGCCAGAGAGUCGGCCUGUGCCCUGCCCCCAUCCCUUCCCCACCCUGCACUUAGCCCCCAGGGGCGGGCGCAGAUAGCUGCCCCUCUCCAGGGUCCCUGGCGUUCUGCAGGCAGAAAAACUACAAGGGCAAGCUUGUGGGCAGGGCGACAUCGUCAUUGCCCCAUCAGGCUGGCUUUGUCACUCUUUCCUGUGCUGCUUUUUAGGGAUGUCUCUGUUGAUGCGGUUCCAGUCUCGGUUCAUCGAGAAUGUUAAGGAGCCUGCUUCGCGAGGUCUACAGCUACUGAGUGGGGGAGAUAGAUAGGGGAGAGCAAGACAGCCGCAGAGCAGAAGUCAGUCUUUUGUCCGCAGCUGGAAAGUGCAUCCAGAUCCAAGAGGGCAAAGAGUCAGAUAAUCAUAGUUAAAAACACAAUGAUUCAUUUGCCAUCAUUAAUCAUUGGAACCCUGGCUGCCUCCCCCUGUCCUCUCUUCCUAGAUUUGAGGGGUCAGGGUGUCUGCUCACAAGGGCUCAGAAGGGCCAUCAUCGCUGGGGGUGAAGCAAGAUCAAAAGUGUGUCUUUGAAAAUGAGUGUGAGGUUAUUUGUUUGCUUCUUUUUUAAAGUAAUUGAAGUCUGACCUAAAUUCGGGGCCUUUAUUAAAUGUGGUGGGUGUACGACGGAUUAUUUUGUGACUGCACUCUGUUCACAUCACGGCACUAAGCAGCGCUCAGAUGAUUUGUUGGUGCAUUAGAAAGUUUCUGCAAGAUGGACAAAUCCAUACCCAGGCACUUUAUUUUCAUUAAUAAUCCAGCGUUUUUUGUUCAGACAAUGUAAUAACCCAAAUGGUGGGCAUUCACAUUUAACAGGUAUGGGCAGAUUUGCCCGAGGAAUUCUUUGGAUGUGGAUAGACAAGGGAGGCGGGUUGAUGAAAGUGAUCCCGUGGGAGGCCACUGCCGUGGUGAUGACGGUGCUGACGAGAGGGAGGCUGCCCCGGAGCACGUCACACCAACCCGGAGUCGGCCGUGUGCUGCAGCUCGGUCCUGCGGACGCUGGUGUCGACGGCUUCCCCGGGGGCUUGUCGGUUGCCCCCGAGGCGCGCGCGCGGGGCUGCAGCCGCGCAGGGGACAGCGGUGCAGUGCGGCACCAGGCGCAGGAGGCCCGCCUGCUUCUCCAUUAACCGGACCCGCGCACUGCUGGGACUCGUUCCGUUGCGGAACCGCGUGCAGCGCUGUCUGCCUGUCCAGGGCAGGGGUGGGAACGAGCUGGCGCAGCUGGUUAUAAAAUAGAAAGUGAGUUUGACAGUCAUAAUCUGAUUAGAUACCAUGGACCACAUGCCUUGGGACUGCCUCAGAGUCUUUAGCGUCCACCAAAUACUCGAGUAUCUGCGACGGGCUGUGUGGGGUCCCCCCAGAUGGGUGUGGGGGCAGAGCGCCCUUUCCCUGCCUUGGCCGUCGUGUGUCUUAGUCUUUGUGUUUCCCUUUGGCGUCUCCUGGUCUCUGUCCCCCAUCUUGUGCACCAUGUGUCCCUGAGGGGAGUCGCACCUGUGUCUGAGUCUGCUGUAAGGUGUUCAGUCUACCUCAAGGGGUCAUCAUGGUCAACUCUGUCCCAUAGCAAUCCUCUGACAUCGCCACACACACUGGAAUGUAUAUCUGCCCCUGGCCCUGCCUUCCCUGUCAGUAACCUCCUGACCCCAUCUUUCCUGUAAUCACCACAAACUCCUAGUGCAAAUUGGAUGCUGCUUUAAAUGUGAAAACAAUUGUUCAAAAGCUAUAAAACCUGAAUGAAAGCUAAAGCUGAAUUUAUAAGCCUUGUUGCAUAUGAGCCAAAAGUGCAAAAAGCUCUAUAUAAUGAACUAACCUGCCACUCGUAUAAAUAUAAAUAUAUAUAAAUAUAUUAAAAUCAGACUGUUCUACAAAAUUGUGUAUUUGUAUUUUUGUGUACGUACAAUUUUCUGCUAAGCAGAAGGAGGAUGUAGUAUAGGAUGCUGUGAGAAGAGAUUUGGUUUAAUCCUAUUUCUUUGUUACUUAUUUUUGUUAACAUCAGAUGCCUGUCUUUGUCUUAUAUGUGUAUGACACUGUUUGGAAAGCUGCAGUAUCUCUCUUCCUUAGGUCCAGAGUCCAUUAGAGAAUGAAAUUUGGGGUUUAGAGAGUUGUCCAGGCCACCAAACAUGCAGAAGUGGACAGAGCUUGGCCCUCUCCUGCCCAGGAGCUGCUCGCGGUCCUGAGGCAGCAGUGAGGCAGGGCACUGGCCUCUGGGAAGCAGACUCCCACUUCCAGAAAGCAACUUCCAAAACAAAAGAUUGUCAGAUCUCCCUGACAGAAGACUCCACCGGGUCCCUCAGGAGGAGAUGCAGGACCUCUCAGUUCUGGGCCAGAAGUCUGCCCAGAGGUAGCAGGGGGCUCUGCCUGGCUCUAGUGCCCCGCUCACUGGCCGUCCCCGGGCUCUGUGUCCCUCUGCCUUUUUCAGACCAGGUUACCAAAAUGCCUCCCCUCUGCUGAGCUGCUGGCGCUUCAUCACCCAGACCUGCAGCCCCAGUUCCCUGGAGCAUCUCAGAACCCACUUUCCCGGUGCUAACACACAAGAGGGGGGUAAAGUGGCUGCCAGUAAAGGCCAGAAACCAACCAUCUGAGAGGCCAGGCCGGAAGACAAGCUCUGUGCGCCCAGGGCGGUCGCCUUUCCCCGGGGAAGGCGUCGGGCGCCCCGCCCGGGCCCCACCCCCGCCGCCCGCCCACCUCUCAGCCCCACGGCAGUCCCUCUUGGCGUGAACCUUGUCUAGGGAGAGCGAUACUGCACCUUCACCUGUGGGACUCAUAUUUAUAACAAUGUGUAAUGACUGUAGCAAAAAGCCCUUGUUUCUAGAUGUAAAUGGUCAAAGAAACAAGUGCUCUAUUGUAUUGAUUAAAAUAGUUCAAAUGAGUCCUGUAUCAUUGUAUCUCCUAUUCUGGAUUAGUGCCUUUUGGACAGUAGACUGUUCUGUAAUUAAAAUGUAGUAUACUGCUUUUUUGUACAGUUUUGUUUUAAUAAAACUUUUUUUUAAUUUGUG